AUGACACUAUUGCAGAUGGCUUUUCACAGCUUGCAAAUGCAGACUGAAGCACCAGCUGUCAUUAGGCUUCUACAGUGUCAACAACAACUUCACUUCUACAGUGUCAGCAACAAUUUCCGUAUCAACAACUUCAGUAUCAACAACAACUUCAGUAUCAACAACUUUAGUAUCAGUAUAAACAAAUUCAGUAUCAACAAAUAUUUCAAUAUCAACAACUUCAAUAAUAAUAGCAACUUCACUAUCAACAACACCUUCAAUAUCAACAGCUUCUACAGUGUCAGCAACAACUUCAGUAUCAACAGGAACUUCAAUAUCAAUAACAACUUCAGUAUCAACAGGAACUUCAAUAUCAAUAGCAACUUCAGUAUCAGAAACAACUUCAGUAUCAACAACUUCAGAGUCAACAGCUUAAGUAUCAGCAACAACAACGAUAUCAAUAGCAAAUUUAGUAUCAGCAGCAGCUCCGGUAUCAGCAACGGCUUAAGUAUCAGCAAUAACUUCAGUAUCAGCAAUACUUCAGCAUCAGCAGUACUUCAACUUCAGCACCAGCAACAACUUCAGCAUCAGGAGCGACUGCAUAUCAACAACUUUAGUAUCAACAACAACGUCAAUAUCAAUAGUAAUUUCAGCAUCAAUAAUUAUGUCAGUGUCAACUACACUUUUUUAUAUCAACAGCUUCUACAGUGUCAACAACAACUUCACUUCUACAGUGUCAGCAACAAUUUCCGUAUCAACAACUUCAGUAUCAACAACAACUUCAGUAUCAACAACUUUAGUAUCAGUAUAAACAAAUUCAGUAUCAACAAAUAUUUCAAUAUCAACAACUUCAAUAAUAAUAGCAACUUCACUAUCAACAACACCUUCAAUAUCAACAGCUUCUACAGUGUCAGCAACAACUUCAGUAUCAACAGGAACUUCAAUAUCAAUAACAACUUCAGUAUCAACAGGAACUUCAAUAUCAAUAGCAACUUCAGUAUCAGAAACAACUUCAGUAUCAACAACUUCAGAGUCAACAGCUUAAGUAUCAGCAACAACAACGAUAUCAAUAGCAAAUUUAGUAUCAGCAGCAGCUCCGGUAUCAGCAACGGCUUAAGUAUCAGCAAUAACUUCAGUAUCAGCAAUACUUCAGCAUCAGCAGUACUUCAACUUCAGCACCAGCAACAACUUCAGCAUCAGGAGCGACUGCAGUAUCAGCAAUAUUUUAACUUCAACAUAAAAAAUAACAACUUCGGUAUCAACAACUUCAGCAUAAAAAAAAACAACUUCAGUACCAGCUACAACCUCAGCAUCAGGAGCAACUUCAGUAUCAGGAGCAACUUCAAGGAGGAGGCGCGUGGAUUCUAUGAGUCAUCUCCAUACCCGACAUGUGAGAUGCAGAAUGUAUUUUCUGGCCCAGUAAAGAAAAAUCAUCCAGCACUCUCUCCACUCAUCCACUGCCAGUCAGAACACAUUCACCAGGCAACCAUCCAUGCUUGUGAAUUUGAACUUCAGAAGACUGCAAUUUUGAAUCAGCUUGCUCAUAGUAGCAUAUAUAAAGCUGACAUCAGAGACACAGAGAAAACCACCAUCAAUAGAACCACUGACCACAAGGAAGAUUUUCUAAAAGUAGAAAAAAAUCUUCAAACUCAUUUCAUGUACCAGUUCUCCAUGGGGUCAGAAAAUCAUACAUUCAGUAUGAAGAGCAAUACCCUCAAGGAGCUGCCUCUCAGAGUAAUGUUCUUGAAACAUUUGACAACAUUUAGAUUUUUUGGCACACAUACUACAUUCUAUCAGUGA